CGUGCUUCUGUGACAUCUGUUCGCUGGAUGUUCAAACGAGUCUGCACCACUUUUAGACUCAGCUUUCGCCUCUUAAACAGCCCAGAAUGGCUUUCCAGUGUCAGAGAGACUGUUAUAUGAAAGAGUUUGUCACCUCUGUGGUGUCCUGCUGUCCUGCGGAACUGAAACACGAAGUGAAUGGAAAGAAAGAAACCCUUAAAGGUUUUAAUGUCCUGCUCCAAGAUACAAUCUUAUUCCCUGAGGGAGGAGGACAAGUAAGCGUGGUCAUCAUUAAGCUUGCUCCACCACUGCAACCAGACGACCACGGUCUGAUUGGAGAGGUUCCAGUUUUAAGGGUGACCAGGCAGGGACCGGAUGCUGUCCACUUCGUGACCUCACCUGUGGAGGUGGGUCAGGAGCUGCGUGUGACGGUAAACUGGGAGAGGAGGUUUGAUCACAUGCAGCAACACUCAGGCCAGCAUUUAAUCACAGCACUGGCAGACGCAAUGUUUGGAUACAAGACCACUUCCUGGGACUUGGGCCGUCACAGAAGCACAAUCGAACUGGACACUCCAUCAGUUAAAGCUGCACAGCUUCAGGAACUGGAAGAAGCUGUGAAUGAAAAGAUUCGAGCUGGGAUUCCCGUCAGUGUUCAACUCCUUGAUUUAAGCGACCCUGCUGUGGAGAAAGUGAGAAGUCGGGGGCUGCCAGACGACCACGCAGGGCCUAUUCGAAUCAUCGACAUGGAGGGCAUUGAUGCCAACAUGUGCUGUGGAACCCAUGUGUCCAACCUCAGCCACUUACAGGUCAUAAAGCUGCUGGGAACAGAGAAAGGAAAGAAAAACAAAACCAACCUCAUCUUCCUUACAGGGAAUAGAGUCCUGAAGUACGCGGAGAAGAGCUACAGCACAGAGCGAGCGCUGGUCUCUCUCCUGAAGACGGGUCCAGACGAGCACGUCGAGGCCGUGGAGAAGAUCCAGAAGUCUUUCAAGAUGCUACAGAAGAGCAACCUGAGUCUGCUGCGGGACAUGGCCGUCCUUAUUGCUCGGGACUUUAAGAACAACCCUCAGAGAGGAAACUUCUUCAGCUUUCACAAAAAAGAAGGUGACAAUGAGUUCAUGAACAUCAUCGCCAAUGAAAUAAACACAGAGGAAACUCUGGUUUUCCUCACUGUUGGAGAAGAAAAGGGAGCCGGAUUGUUUCUCCUCGCUGGACCCAGUGGAGAAGUCACCGAAUUAGGCCCACAGAUUUUGGAGUUGCUCCAGGGAAAAGGGGCGGGGAAGAGCGGGCGUUUCCAAGGCAAAGCCAACAGCCUGGCACGCAGAGAGGAGGUGGAGGCUUUCCUGAGGCAGCGCUGCAAACGGCACAACACAGAGGAAGAGUAAUGCCUGCAGCAGAGAGCGCCCCCUGGAGGGAACCGCAGCUCCGCUACGACCUUAAACCCCAGAAAAAGAUGUUUACAGAACGUUAAAAUAAAGUCACAUUAUUGCAGUGGCAUACUUAGA